AUGUCCCGUAAAGGAUAUCCGUUCAAGGACAUCCUGUGCUAUCUGGGCAGCCCACCAGAACAUUUAUUACAUCACAUUAGACAGCGAUACUGGCCUAUAAGCGGCCGAAGAUUAGCUCGGAAAACAGUAAAGGGCUGUAUACGAUGUUUUCGCUACAGGCCAGUGAUCCCGGAUACUCUUAUGGGUGAUCUGCCAAAGGAGCGCGUCACGAUGGUUGCACGACCGUUCACAGUAACCGGUGUGGAUUACGCCGGUCCCUUUCAAAUGCGUGAAAGUCGACGACGUGGUCGUAUACACGUGCAAAAGGUGUAUGUGGCGGUAUUUGUCUGUUUUAAUACCAAGGCGGUGCAUUUAGAAAUGGUAACAGACCUCACCACGGAGGCCUUUUUGGCUGCACUCGGCCGUUUCACAGCAAGGCGGGGGACAUGUGCACAAUUAUUCUCCGACAACGGAACGAACCUGGUCGGAGCGGCGAGAGAACUGCGCAGGGUUCAAGAGUUUUUGGAAAAAACGGAACCGGAAAUAACCUCUUUUCUGAAUACACAACGAAUUUCAUGGAGUUUUAUCCCACCAAGGGCUCCUCACUUCGGCGGAUUGUGGGAGGCUGCCGUCAAAAUCAUGAAGAGGCACCUUUACACGAUUACUCAGGGGAGAAUUCUUACGUUCGAGGAAUACUACACACUGAUCACCAGCAUUGAAGCCAUGUUAAACUCCCGACCUUUGACUCCCUUGACUAAUGAUCCUUCCGACCUUAACGUUCUUACUCCUGCUCACUUCCUUAUUGGAGAUCCACUCAUGCAACCAGUUCAAGUCAAUUAUCUUGAUACUCCCAAUAAUCGUCUUUCUCAUUGGCAGCAAUUACAAAGGGUUCGUCAAUUGAUGUGGCGACGCUGGCAGCAAGAAUAUCUACAAGAAUUACAAAAACGAGGCAAGUGGACCACCCCGGGUGUCAACAUUGAACGAAACACUCUGGUCUUACUCAUGGAGGAUAACACACCACCGCUACGAUGGCCGAUGGGCAGAGUGGUUGAAACUCACCCCGGAGCAGACGGUCAGAUCCGAGUGGCAACGGUGAAAACGCAGACGGGAUGUUUCAAGAGAUCAGUGAGGAAAAUGUGUCCCCUGCCAUUGGAGGAUUGUGAUACUUAG